AUGGACACCUUCUCUUUAUGUUGCUACGUCAAUGUUAGCCUUAAAGAAGUAGCAUGUCAAUUUCCUAAAGAAGCAAAAGAUGCCUUCUCUGGCUGCAAUCGCAUGAUUCAUCACCAGAGCCUCAGAAUCAGCAUAUGGCUGCUCGGUCUUCUUGCUGUGCUUGGUAAUCUGGCGGUGAUCGCCUGGCGAAUGAUUCGGCGGGAAGACCACCCAGUUCAAAGUUGCCUUCUGACAAAUCUUGCAUUGUCUGACUUCCUCAUGGGAGUUUAUCUUAUGAUUAUUUCCAUUCAAGACCAAAUACUUUCAGGUUAGUCUCUUUCCAUUCCUUAACAUGUAUCUUUUCCCCGGGUUCAAAUCCGGGCGUCGACGCCAUAUGUGUGUUGAGUUUGUUGAAGGUCCUAUCUUUUGCAGCGAAAGGUUUAUCUCUGUGUACCCCGGUUUUCUACUCUCCUCAAAAUCAAACAUUACCAAAUUCCAAUUCGAGUAUCAUAGAGCGCACCGGUUAAGCAUCUUUUUUGAAGUGGAAUAUCAUUAGUUUGAAGUAGAAUACAUUAACACCGAUAACGUCAUAGCCUUUUGUCUUUCUCUCACGAAUAAAAUGCGCAGGAAUAUUUUUGGUGCUAGAAAGAGCUAGUUGGCCUCUGCCCUCAUUAAAUAUGCACGAUUUUGGUCGCCAAGAAUCAGUGCAUGCAAACCAAAACUUCAAUUGUAUUAGAAAAAUAUUUCUGCACAUUUUGUGCAUGAGAUAAAGAUAAAAGGCUAUGAUCGAUGUUAAUGUACUCCACUUCCAACUGAUGAGAUUUCACUUCAAAAAACAGGCCUAAUCAGUGCGCCCUAAACUGCUAAUUCGACCUGGAAUCAGGUAGACGAAAAACCCUAAGCGGAUGAGCUACCUAUAAAUCGUUAUAAUUUAUUUAUUUACUUAUUUGUUUAUUUAAUUAUUUGUAUAUUUAUAUAUUUAUCUAUUUAAUUUAUUCAAUGCUCUUCUCCAAAAUCAGAACGAGCACCGUGUUAAUUUUUAAGUGAUUUUAAAGCUAACAAUACCGCGGUAUUUUUAUCACAGAAUUUAACUUGUUCAUAAGCAAACUGUUGUUUCACUAUCAUGUGCUGAACGCACAACUCCUUAUAGACAAUUAUAAACGAAGUGAGGAAUACUGCGUUUUCCACCAUCAUACACUGUGUAUUUCUUUAUUAUUAUCCAGCACCAAUACCACUAGCUCUUUUUGGCUCACUCACUAUGUUUAAGAACACAAUGACGCGCCAGUCGUUUUGUGCGUCUGUGAAACGCGCUUAUAUAACUCAUGACUUAGUAUUGACAAAAUAAUAGCUUUUACUAGGUAAUUACUUCAGCUACGAUCGAAAAUGGCGAUCAGGAGAGUUAUGCAGAUUUGCUGGUGCCUUGUCAGUGUUAUCAAGUGAGGUAUCUGUUUUGAUGUUAACUGUUAUCACCGCCGAGCGCCUGAUCAGUAUCGUCUUUGCACUAAAGAUUUCUCGGUUGACCUUGCGAGGAGCCUACCGCAUAUGUUCUGCGGUUUGGAUAUUCGGAGUUGCUAUCGCCAUUGUGCCUAUGUUUGACUUUCCAUACUUCUGCAAUAAGGACAGAGAAUAUGGGUAUUAUGGAACGUAA